AUGCCGCCAAGACGAGGAAAGCCCCAGCAACAAGAGCAGGUUGUCCUGGGACCACAAGCCAAAGAAGGAGAAUACGUGUUUGGCGUUGCUCACAUUUUUGCCAGUUUCAACGACACGUUCGUACACGUGACGGACUUGUCAGGAAAGGAGACCAUCACCCGUGUGACUGGUGGCAUGAAGGUGAAGGCUGACCGUGACGAGGCCUCCCCUUAUGCGGCCAUGUUGGCUGCCCAGGAUGUAGCUGAGCGAUGCAAAGCUUUAGGCAUCACAGCUCUGCACAUCAAAUUGAGAGCUACCGGAGGCAACAGGACCAAGACUCCAGGUCCAGGUGCUCAGUCUGCAUUGAGAGCUUUGGCCCGGUCAGGCAUGAAGAUUGGACGCAUUGAGGAUGUGACCCCAAUUCCUUCAGACAGUACACGAAGGAAGGGAGGCCGCAGAGGUCGGCGUCUGUAG